AUGAAUUUUUUGCUCAUUUUCCCAUUUUUAUUCGGUUUGACCAUUGAAGUCUCUGAAAAACCGAAAAUCCCAAAAAAAUCUGAAAAUUCUACCAAGUAUGCCGUGGAAAUUGUCGAAAACUCGCUGACAGACAAUAUAACUGAAAUUAUUGGAAAUCCGGAAAACGUCGAGGUUAUUGAUGGGAAUUACAGUGCGAAUGAGACAAGCAUUCGCACCGCCCGUCGCUCCUACGGGUUCCGGUCUCGUGGCGGUUACGGUGGCCGAAGUUAUUUUGGCGGCCGCGGGUAUUACGGUAGACGUGGAUACUACGGUGGAUGGGGCGGAUGGGGAAGACGUCGAUACUAUUCGUAUUACAGUCCGAGUUAUUAUUAUUCGUACUAUAGUCCGAGUUACUACGGUAGCUACUAUGGUAACUAUGGAUAUUCAAAUUGUUAUAAUUAUUACUAUGGAUGUUAUAAUUAUGGUUAUUAUAAAGCGAAAUAA